AUGUGCGCUGAAGCUCUUUGGAGUUUUUUCAAUAAAAUUGAGCAGGCUGUCAUAGGGUCAUGUGCGCUGAAGCCCUUUGGAGUUUUUUCAAUAAUAGCUAUUAAUUUUAAUACCACUAGUGACUAUCAUUGGGAUGAGCAUGACGAGGCAAAUAGUUUAUGUGUUUUAGUUGCACUAGAGGAUUACAAAGGAGGAGAGUUAUGUUUUCCUCAGCUCCAAAUAGUCGUAUAUCUUAGGCCAGGACAAAUCGAUUUUACUAAAGCUUAUAUUAAGGCUGGAAUUAAGAAAAGUGCUAAUAGACUAAUGGUUUCUGAGCAAGAUCUCAAUAAUGCUCAGGGUUUGAACCACCGGACCCAUCUCCCCAAACCGAAAGCAAAACAAAUACAGGUCCCUUCCGCUGUAUCUGAUCGGAAACGAGGAUAUAUAG